AUGUUGCCCUAUUAUUUGAUGAUAUUGCCAUCGUGGAUAUGUUUGGCUAUCCUGUUGCCCUUGGUACAGACUUUUCAUGCUCUGCAACAUGAAAGCGCUGAUCGAAAACUAUGGCUCUUUUAUUGGUGCCUCUAUUGUGUAGCGUCGAUCUUCCUGUACUACUUCGAGUGGCUGAUUUGCAUACCCUUCUAUGUGAUUUCCUUCUACGUAGACAUCUAUUAUGAGACGCAGCUUCUAGUGAUCUUCUGGUUGGUGUAUCCAAAAACCUUGGGCAUCAAGAAUCUCCAGGCGUUGGUGGAAACACAAAGCCAGACAAUCCUUGAAGGGGGCACCGAGAUUGUGAAGGGCUAUGCCAAGAUUGCCUACGGGCAGUUCUUGGAGCUCACGGGGCGAUCCUGA